AUGUCGGGGAAAGGAGCGAAGGGUUUGACAACUGGUAAAACCCCAUCAUCCCUCAAAGACAAGGACAAGAAGAAACCUACUUCUCGUUCCUCCAGAGCUGGACUUCAGUUCCCUGUUGGUCGUAUCCAUCGUCUUCUAAAGUCAAGGACAAUGGCGCAUGGAAGAGUCGGGGCAACCGCUGCAGUUUAUUCUGCUGCUAUCCUAGAGUAUUUAACUGCAGAGGUGCUGGAGUUAGCUGGUAACGCAAGCAAGGAUCUGAAGGUGAAGCGUAUUACACCAAGACAUCUACAGCUUGCUAUCCGUGGAGACGAAGAACUUGACACUCUCAUCAAAGGAACAAUUGCCGGAGGUGGUGUUAUUCCUCAUAUCCACAAGUCUCUUAUCAACAAGUCUUCAAAGGAAUGA